AUGUUCGGCAGCAUGCCAGCACCUGACGUGGAAUUGUUCUUGGACGCAUCGAAUGAAGGAUUAGCUAGACUUAUUCCCGUCAUGGACCAAUUCAUUCAGCUCAAAUUCGACAAUGAUGAACUCGCUUCGAUAAAUCAAGCAGAUUCGGAGUUUUCGAUCAAUGUACGAGAACAUUUGUGUAUGGCUUUGGCCAUUUGGGUGUGGGGGCCGAUGAGGGAUAACAAAGUCAGUGGUAGCUUGAUCCGCAUCAAGUACUGGAGUGACAACAAAGCUGUGGUGUCGUGGUGCAACCACUUACAUUCCAACAAUGCCUUUAGUCAGGAGAUCAAUCGUACCGAAGGAAUGCAGGAAACUCUACAUCAAGUUUUCGAGCAGCUUCAAACCCAGUCGCUGGCCGCGAUUUCAAAGUCAAAAUACAACAGCACCUGGAGCCAGUGGUCCUAG